UGUGAGACGGUAGCAAGGCGACUGUUUAUCCUUCGAGCUAGCUAACCUGCUCAGUUUCAUAGGAGGAAAACCUAAAAAUAGCUUGAGAUGAUUAGUAUUACGUUUUGACAUACCUGAAUUAUCCCGACGUGGGAUCCGUAGCGAAUUAAGUUGAAGAAGUCGGUCGCUAUCAAAGAGGAAGUUUGACAGCUCGAGGAGAGUACACAUGUCGUCUGCGGCAGAGACAGUAGAAAAUGCCUCCAUCAUGUCAGAGAGUGUGGCCCAUGACGGAAACCGCUUGUGGAUAGGCAAUAUCGAUCCCAAAAUUACAGAGUAUCACUUGGUGAAGUUGUUGGAGAAGUUUGGAAAUGUGAAACAGUUUGACUUCCUGUUUCAUAAGUCUGGGCCUUUGGAGGGACAGCCACGGGGAUACUGCUUUGUCAACUUCAACACCAGAGAGGAGGCAGAGAGGGCGAUCCAGUGUUUAAAUGGGAAGCUAGCUUUGUCCAAGAAGCUUGUCGUGCGCUGGGCGCACGCACAGGUGAGGAGGUUUGAAGGUUUCCGUAACGACAAAACGAUGCCUCCGAGCCUGGAGCCGUCGUGCAGCGGGGCGGCAGAGGAUGGACCCGUAACUACCAACCACCUCAGUACGAGUGCUAAGAUCCGCGCCAUUGAGGCCAAGCUCCAGAUGAUGGAGGAGAAUCCAGAUGAUGACUACUCGGGCCCAUCGGCAUACGUUUACAACAAACCGCCAGAGAGGAAACGCUGGGAGCCCUACUCUAAAUCACACCACAAUAACCAGAGCAGGCCCUUCCGCAAGUUUAGGAGAUGACCCAUCCUCCCACUCACUCUGGAGACCCCCCUCCCCUCCUUCCCUCACACACCUCAGCCACCACCUACACACAAACAGACUCUACACUAGAUACUAUAAAGACUAUACACAUCCUAUCUGGGAAUUUUGACAAUACUUUGAAGAUGCGGACUCUUUGGGGUGUAAUCACAGCAAUCACGGACAGGAACCAAAAGUGGUUUUUAGUUCUUCUUGGGUUCUAGUUAUGAGUUAUUAUCCAGUCUUAACAUAUGCCCCGUACCUGACCGCUGUGCAGGUUGGAUCCCUUAUCAGUCUGCUUUCUCACUUUUGCAGAGAUGUAAUGCAGGUGAAUCAUCCAGCUGUGAGCCACAUGAUGCACAGCUGCCCAGGAAAGAGAAAUGUUAUUAUUAAAGAGUCUAAAUGCAGAGUCGCUUAUUGUAUUUGACAUGUGUUUUUACUUUGAGAUCAUUUUAUUUAAAGGUGAAAUUCAGUUUGUUUGUUCAUGCGAGACUUCACUGAAGAGGGAGAAACACACAGAUUCGUACCAGGUUUGUAUUAAGGGAGUUCAAAUGAUAAGCCACUCAGCGACACUUACUGUAAGUUGCAGUAUUUUUGUGUGAUGUUGCUCUUUUUCUUAAUAGUUUGCUUUUUUUUUUUAAAUUCCAAUUUUGAUACGACUGCAGUCAGAUCCUUUUUACUGACUUUAUGUGGUGUGUAGUUUUGGUAUUUCCCUUAUUACAGUCUCUUUAUUUUAAUUUUUCAAUUAAAGGCUGUUAAAUAUCACGUCCACAGCGUUUUAUGCCAUUUUUAUUUCUCUACAUUGCUCUUUAAGUGCAGGAUUCAGUUCUAUGAUUAUUUGAAAUGUGAAUGUCAUGUAGGAAAGCUGGCAAAGACUUUAGAGGACAAUUUACUAAAUGCAAAUGCACUAUUAAUCGACUAUGGGUUAAAAAAAUCAGUCAUGAUUCAAGAGAAAUUUUUAAAAAUCAUUGAGAUGACCACAAUCGUCAGUAAUUUCAAAUACCCCAAUGUUUUCUGUCAUAUUUAAUAAUCCUUUUUAAUAUUACAUCCAUUAUGUUCUAUUGGCCCAUUUUUUUUUCCCUCAGACAUGGCGGAUAUUGAGUGUUUUAAUUAUUUUUGGCAGUCUAUCGAAAGUUGCUGUAAAUCAUUUUAAUUAUUCUAGAACCUUUUUUAAAAUAUAAUGUAAAAACAAUCUAUUUUAAAAUGUAAUUGUCCCUGAUUUCUGUGUGUUUAUUAUAUUUUAUAUGUGAUCUGAGUUGUGUUUUUCUGCAGGUCAUAAAAACCCUCUACAAGCCAGAAAAAAAGACAAAAUAUGUUGGUGAAAUUGGAGUCUGAAAUUGUUUACAUAAAAGAAUUAAUUUGCCAACCAAAGCUCCGUUUGCAGAGCCAAUGUUUUUAAGAGUUUACCAAGAACAUAUUAGGCUGUAGACAUCGCAGCAUGGAUGGAGACCGGCAGAUUAAUUGUACAAGAUGAACUAGAGGAGCGUAAUUUCGUGCGCAACGAACAAAUCAAAUCCUACCUCUUUACACCAGCCAGCCCUUUUACUUAAAACAAAAAAAUCUCUAUUGUUGUUAAAUCACUCCACUGCAGAAUAUUUCCUUUAGAUCAACCUAAUAAUUUCUUUGAAAUGUGUGUAUUUAUCUGUUUUCAAUAAAAGGCCUAUUCGUUAAAAUA